AUGCUCUUAGCAGUACUAAGAAUUAUUCAUUUCAUGUCAAUCUUUACUGUAGUUUUUAAUGAACGUAAUAUAGAAUUUAGUGACAAUAGAUCUACAGAAAUAGAUUACUCAGAAUUAGCAAAACUAGCAGAGAAUAAUAAGAAAGAUGUACUCGGAUUUCUAAAUGAUGAAAAGGUACGCAAGAGAUACAGGGAAUUGUAUGAUACGUUACUAGAUAAUCUGAUCGGAACAAGGCGAAGAGGUAACUCAUACAACUCAUUAGAAAUACUAUACAAUUUUAAGCCAGUUAAUAAUCAUAGCGAAUACGCAAAAUCGACUCGACGUAUAGUGUCUGGACGAAACACGUCUAUAGCUGCCGUACCUUGGCAGGUCUCGCUAAGAGAAAAGACGUAUCCGAUAUGCGGAGGAUCCAUCAUCACGGACAUCUGGCUGAUAACUGCUGCUCAUUGCUUGAUUAAAGCACGUGCAAAUGAAUUGAGUGUGCGCCUUGGUUCAUCCUGGAAGACACACGGCGGCGAAAUGUACGACGUUAGAGAGUGCUACUAUCACCCACGUUACAGCAGCAAAACGAAGAUCAAUGAUGUGGGUCUGGUGCAAUUGUACUCUCCACUUCGCUUCUCAGCUAGAAUACUUCCUAUUCGGUUGGUUGCGAGGGAAUCCAGACUUCCCGCUGACCAGCCAGCUGUUGUCUCCGGGUGGGGAAAGCUACAGGAAGGGGGGCCUAGUGCUACAUAUCUUCAGUCCUCCACUGUAAAAACCAUUGCAAUGAAGCUCUGCCGAAGAUCGGGGCUUCAUAGAAAGGCUAUUGAUCCCGCUUCUAUGUUUUGCGCUGGAUCUAUCAGUGAACCUUCACCUGACGCUUGUCAGGGUGAUAGCGGAGGUCCAUUAGUUCAAGAUGGCGUUCUUAUAGGCGUAGUGUCCUGGGGACUGGGCUGCGCACGUGGAAACUUCCCUGGUGUCUACACGAGACUAUCUAAUCCUUUAAUUUGGGACUGGGUUCAGAAUCUAAUUAUAAAGAAAUCGGAUAAAAAUUAA